CCUGACAACUCAAACCCACUCAAAUAUAAACAAAUCAAGUUGAGGCGGCUGGCGUGUUUGUGUCUCUUGCGUAAUUUUAGGGCCCUGGUACUGUAUGGAUGGCUGGGCUGGGUAUGAAGAACAGUUCGAAGCCAAGACUGUUGCGUCCAAGCCCCAACGAGUUGCAGGAGACUCUAAGACAGGAGAGGGAGAAGUGGAGGGUGUUCCGCAUUCAACAGGUGCGGGAACAGGCCAAACAGGAAGCCCAGCGGGUGAGGGAGGCAGUGCGGCGACGGGAGCGGCAGCUACUGGAUGAGGUGCGCCAGGACGUGGAGGCCAGCUGGCAGGUGAAGAAGGAACAGCGUGUCAACCAGCUGGAGGCAGAAUACCUGGAGUGCCUGAAUAACAUUGGCAAGGCUCAUAGGCAGGCCCAGGAACAGCCCAACCCAGAGAAGGUCCUGCAGCAGCGAGCGGAGCACAACCAGCGGGUGGCAGCUCAGCGUGGGCAGGAGGCAGCCAGGCAGCAGAAGGAGGAGGAAUGGCAGCAGCACCACCAGAGGGACAGACUUCUGAGGCAGCGGCAAGAUGUCCUGCGCCUGGAGAAGCUGCGAGCCAGACACGUUGCUGACCUGCCAGUGCCACAGGCCUUCAGGAAAAAGAUAGUGCAGGAAAAGAAGGAACCAGCAAAGGUAGCAUUCCACGAGGCAGGCACCUUCACCACCACACACUACAUACCACAGAAUGUCCGGGUGGAGAAGGAAGUGUUGACAUCUAAGCCAAGUGCCAAGGAGAGGGCAGCAGCAGAGGAGGUAGAGAGAGCAAGGCAGUAUGAGGCACAGCAGAGACAGGCUGAGGAAGAGCGUGCUAGGGUGGAGCAGCGAGGGCGAGAGGCGCUGAAGAGGGAGCACCUGACCCGCCUUAUGGAGCAGCUGAUGGCCGGCCUUGAUGAAGCACAGCGCCACCACCACCUCUCACUGUUCCUGCAUGGCAAGGACGGUGCUGUGUGGGAGACUGAGGAGACACGCCUGAAGGAGCAGAUGCACCAGCAGAAACAGAUGGAAGAGGCAGUGGAGGAACUCAUGCAGGAGGAAGAACAUGAGAAGCAAGACAAAGAUGAGGAAGAUGUGAGCAGCGAUGUCAUUCCUGAGCCAUCCAUGCAAUCCUCAGACUAUUUAGAAGAGAUUGAAUCAGAGAAUGCCAUACUGGAGGGAACUUCGAAGACCAAAGUCCGGGGCCUGAGAUCCCUGCUGAAGGAAGUGGAGAGGCGGCGCAAUCGUAUCCUGCAGGAUUUAGAGGAUUCCAUCCCAGUGAGAGGGCCGAGUGGUGAUGGCAGUGAUAGCAGCCCCAGGGACCAGGAGACAGACAUUCACAUGGCAGAUACUGUGCCCAUCCACCUCCACUCAGGACAUCCCUCUGCCAGGAGUCCUCCCAAGGGUCCUGUUACUGGCCAGCCUGCAACAUCACAAGCUGAAGGAAGACCCACAGAGGCCCAGCCAGACACCACUGAGACUCAGGACUCCUCCAGUACUGUGCUGCCACUCAGUGAGGAGUCAAUACCAGUUAGCAGUGGUAACACACUGCCUUCCACCUCUCCCUCUCCACCGCAGAGACACAGCGCACCUCAGGAACACCAGCCACUGCCUGGGGACACACACGCCAGACAGCCACAACCAAGGCUCGCUGAGUUUCACUCCACAACAACUAGUACAAGCUCUCUCAACUCUGAUGACCUUAAGAUAAAUAUCGACCUUGAUGUUGACAGCAGCAGCGUUGUUGCCUUAGAUAAUAGUGCUGAACAGUCUCAGCAGCAGCAGCAGCCAGAGUCGUACGUCAGUAGCACAGAAUAUUACAGUCUACCUUCAGAUCUUCCAGGAAAGGAAUCACUCCAGGAGAUUGAGGACAACGUGAAGAGGAUUCAGGAACACAGGCAACGUAACCAGCAUUUGAUUGAUUCCUUGUCAAGGAAGAGAGGAUCACCGGACCAGCACAUGUCCACUACAUACCUGGAAGAGCUGAAGGAAGAUGGCAGUGGCAAGAGGCCUCUCACAAGGAAGGAAAAAUAUGAACUCAAGAAGAAAGAAAUCAUCCGGUUCUACAUUGAGAAAUUACUCCAGAGAGAGGAUCAAGAUGGGGAGCUUAGUGCCUCGACUGUGGAAGGCUCAGGUCUCUCCCUUUCCUCUCUUGGCUCCUUUCUGGGCUACUUAGAAGGAGAGGGGCUAGAACACCAUCCUUCCAGCUCACCAUCUGUGAAUGGAGGUUCUACCACCCAAAGGUCACCUUCAUCCUAUGAAGACAUUGAUGAGUUUCCUGUGAAGAUGAAGCCUAGAGAUUGCCACCACCCUCUCCACACCUCACUUUCAUCUUCCACUUCCUCUGUCAUUACCACCUCCUCUUCUGCUCACUCCAUCCACACAGACCAUCACUACAUCACCACAUAUCCAAGUUACCACAUCACCUCCACUACUGCUGUCUCUGCCACAUCUCCACUUCUCACACCCCAUCAGCCUGUGUGGCACCCUGAUCCCAGUUCCUCCUCCACCUCACAGCCUCACUACUAUGUUUCAAAGGCCCAUCCCCGGUCACAUAGUUCCACCACUUCCACCUCCACAAGCCUUAAGCCUGAGCUGAGUGGUGAUGGUUCAGCCUCAUUCACAUCAACUGGAUCUUCCAUUCCUGAGACUCCUCAAGAGAUCAGCAGCUGUGAGGAGGGACACCAGAAGUACAUCACUCCGCUAAGCUACCUUACUCCCCCUCGUGAGGAUGAAUCUUCCUUGGAGGGCUCAGAGGUGGCCACAGAGCUGCCCAUUGCCAGCCAUGCAGACCCUAUCAAGCGGCUGCAGUGGUAUGCCACCCAGAGACAAAGAAUUAGGGACCGGCAGCAGAUAGAUACUACAACCACCAGUGAGGAUACUCCUAGAGGAACCACCACUAAAUUAUCAGAGCUUUACAGGAAGCACCUGACUGAUUCCAAGUUCCCUGAAACCAUAACCAUUCCAUCAGUUGUCACUCAAACUUCCAGUACAAGCAGUGAUGGCCAAAGAUUGGGGCUCGGUAGAUUAUCCAAGAUUUCAUGGACAAAGAUGAGUAAUGUAGGGUCCACUGAGGCAGAAAAAACAUCCAUUUCUUCUGUCACAUCCACCACCACCACUAGAAAGACAGGCAGCCACAGCUCAGAGGAGUCCUCAGUCUCAAUGCCAGACAUGGAGGAGGUACUGCGAAGAUUUGGUUUGGGCAAGACUAGCAGUAACUCAUCCUUGGCUACUCCCAGUAAUGAGGAAGAUGGUGGCAAGGAGGAGUAAGGUCUAGGUCAUAUCAUAUUUGAUCUCUUGAGGCUGUGACGUGUUAAGAAUGUAUAGUUUAUUGGAUUGUACAGUGUGUUGUGUUUAGAAUGUAUAGUUUAUUGAACAAGUUUGAGGAUUAUGAGGGUUUGCUGUGUUGUGUAUGUGAUGCUUCAAGAUUAUCGUGUAUCAGCCUUGUUUCCUGACUCAUGGCAAGUUGUUAACAUGAUGCUGGCAUGCUGUGAUGUCCCACAGUGAUGCCCCAAGAAUGUACUGAAAUAUAUUGAUGUUCCCAAAAAUAAGUAGAAUAUGUUGAUGUUUGCUGUGUGUAGUGUCAUGACAGUGUCCCACAGUAUUGGUGUGAUGCAGAGUGGUAGCGUGUGUCUGUGAUGUGGCAGACUGUUUCUAAUAAUAACACUGCAUGUAAGUUUAGUAAUGAUACUAUUUUUUUUUAUAAUAUACAAUAAGAACGAAAUGUAAUGAUAGUGGUUUCAUUACUUAUACUAUUUUUGUCAUUAAGACCACAAUGUUAUAUGUAAAGGAUACUAUUCUCUAUGAACAGAGUUAAUAAAUAUAUGUUGACUAAAACCUUUGAUGUUGGAUAUAUUCUUAUGAAUAAAGCAUAUUUUACAA